UUGAUGCUUUGAUUUCUCCAUUUGUAGUAGCUUUUUCGUAGGAUAUUAUACCUCUUCAUUGCCGGCCUACACUCCACGCAUAUAUACUGAAUUCAGUUUUUGGUGUUUACAUUACAAAGUUGAUCAAUCAAAUUCUUAAGAUACAGAGUCAUGAGUAGCAGGAGGAACCCUCCCGGUGUGCCACUCAAUGGGCGUAAGUUAGAGAGAGAUGAAGAUCUUCUUCUAUUCCGGGAAUUGCAUAAACGCGACAAGGACAGAAUUGCCAGCCUCCUCCAGCCUGUUUCUGCUGAGUUCGAACCUAAUGGAGGAAAUUAUGCACUCUACAGAAUCGCAUCUGGGAAGAAAGCAUCGGGAUACGAGUUUUUCCCUGAAAACAACAAAAAUGAUUACGAUUGGUUAAAAACACCACCAGCAACUCCUCUAUUUCCAUCACUUGAAAUGGAAGCUAAUGCCCCAGAACUUGUCAUCCAGAGGGAGCUACCAAUCAUUCAGCCACUUUCACGGGUACGUCCAUUUCCAGGAAGUUCAACAAUUAGGCAUGUGUUUGGGUGGGUGGGUGGGUGGGAGGAAGAAGACUUUUCUGGCUCUCAUGAUUUGCCAUAUCCAUCUUAA